AUGAGCAGAAAAACAACGGUAAAUCCGUCUCGAAAGGAUAUACCAUCCUUCAAUUCGGCGUUUGAGCAUUCAGGAGGCCAACAAGGCAGACACAAUCCUGGCUCGAUCACUCCUACAUUACAACAAUAUCAUGAUUCUCUGCCAACUGCGAAUUAUACACUUCCUGGGGUUAUUAGCUACUUGACGUCAGAGUUUACGCACUUGGAGAGGUUUAAGAUUACCACCAAUCUCGAGAAGUCCGAAAUGAGGUACAAGAUUCUGCAAUUGACGAGCGAAGUGAACACGUUAAGAUUCAUCAACGAUAAGCAGCAAUUGAGAAUCAAGGAGCUUGAGGCGAAGCUAGGAAUGAAUGGAAACAUAUCGAAGCUGAAUAUUCAAGAUGUGGAGAUCCCACCUGUGGAUCUUGAUAUUCUCCAGAAGUCUCGCACUCAACUCAAUAAGCUGAUCCGAGACGUUCUACGCGUGUUGAGACCACCUCUGGCCAUCAGUAAGAACUACUUAAACGCUCCUAACACUCUGCAUAGCAUUGACCUCGACGAACUACUUGACGACAGUGAGAAGUUUCUGUUUGAGACAGACGUGAAUGAGGGACAAGAUGACAGUGCCAGAGAGGGCAUUUUCUCUAGGUACAUUAACGACUCCAAUAACGAGGACUUCCUGCUGAACUCUAUUGAAAAAGAAGCGCAAAGGCUCGUUGAACUGGUGCAGAGUGAUUUGGCGGAGCUGAAUGCUCCGGCUGCUCCUAUAUCCCGUAAAGCUCCACCUUCUGACGAUAACGAAACAGACACCGAAACAGUAAUUGUGGAUGAAGCAGAAGAAGCUCUUUCCAAGCCUAAGCUGAACGUCUCCUUUGGGCAGGAGGUCCGUCUAUUGGCGAGAAAUUGCAUUGUUUUCGAACCGUUCGAGGAGCUGCUUGUUUUUCUCGAGGGUUCUCAGGUGACAGUAUUGCAACUGGGUGAACCAGUCUUUAAGAAUGAGAUAGAUUUAUCAAGUGACAACGUCGUGGGCAUCUACUACUUGGGCAAGAAACGUCUUCUACUGGUGAGUCUGAAAGCCGUUACUCUACAUACAUACAAGGAUGCGAGUGCGCCAACGACAAGAGUGUUGGUCAAGGACGAGAGGGUUGUUGUCGAUGCAUGCAGUUUGGUGGAGAUUGCCGCCGUCAACACCAACAGGCAUUACGGCUUGGCAUGCUUAGGGAUGGGAAAAGAUGGAAAGCUGGUGAUAUCGGUAUAUGAGAUCAAGUGUGGUCAGAAAAACACAUCACGCUUAUUGGGCCAGUUUAAUAGCACGUUCCUCAAGGCCUCUGUGAAGGUGAAAGACGUAAAGUGGGCGAAGAAAGAGAGUAUCGGUGAAGAAUCAGAUGAGCUCCCUUACGACUUGGUCAUACUACACGAGAAGAUCCAACGCCUUAACGUGUCCACCAAAGAGCUAUCUGACAUCAAGGCAGAGGCGGAUUUCCACUCCAUCACUACAAAGGGCAAUUUACUCUUUAGCGUGCAACACGACAGUGUUGAGAUGUAUGAUCUCGCAAAACAAAAAGUGGUUGGAGUGUUGCCUCGACACAAACACGCUACUUACGUGCUCUUUUCCAACAAGGAAUGCACCAUCGCUGAAGUUCUGGACCAGUUGGUUCUCUUCAAUGAAGAAAUGCAAGAGGUAUCCAGAAAUACCAGCCCCAUUCAUAGUCCAAAGGGUGUUCAUGGGCUCGAAGCAGGUGACGGAUCGUCCUUAAUUAUUCAUGGUGGCGACAGUAUCUCUAUAAUUCCCAUUAGUGUUGACUAA